AUAUGUUGUUCGGGGAGAAAAAGAACUUUUGUUAGAAAGGACAUUUCAGAAAUGAUUUUGGAUCCUCUAUAAAUGUUUUUAGAAUUCUUGGGGACAUUAGCUCUCACCCUGGACUUAAGUUUCUGCCUUUGACCUGCAUGGAUUAUUUUUUCAGGCUGCGGAAUUUCUCGGCACCUACCUACCUGCAGUGUGGGGCGCUUGGUUUGGUUGCAGAGUAAGAAGGUGGAAGAAUGAGCUGUACUUGGUUAAGCAGUUGAAAUCUUUUUGAGCAGGAUUUAUAAGAGCAUAAUUGAAUUUGUUUCAUCCCCGUGGAUUCCAGUGGGCCCGACAGCACAACAGUGGCUCGGCAACUUGAUGCAUAUGGAAGACCAGCACCAAGUGAUCUGACAUAAUUCAAAUUCAGGAUGUGACAUUCAACCUCCAGCACAGUUGGAAAUUCCCAAGAGAAGUGGUGGUAUCUUUACUAAUCAUAGUGAAGAUGGAAGAAAAUGACAUACCUGCAGCUGAAGUGGGCUGAAAAUACCCUCUUCCCUUGCCAGAGCAGGAAUGCCACCUGUUUCAGGGAAUAUACUUUAGAGACAGGAAGGGCCACGGCUACGAUUGGCAUUCCGAAACUGAAGCAUAAAUUUUCUUUGCCUCCACUUGUCUGGAUCUGAGAAACCUGCGUUUGGUAUUAGCCAGUAGUGGACGCAGUAAUGUAUGGCCGAAGUGCGUUGCUGCAGCUGGUAGCAUGAGUGGUGGCCACCAGCUGCAGCUGGCUGCCCUCUGGCCCUGGCUGCUGAUGGCUACCCUGCAGGCAGGCUUUGGACACACGGGACUGGUACUGGCAGCAGCGGUGGAGUCUGAAAGAUCAGCAGAACAGAAAGCGAUUAUCAGAGUGAUUCCCUUGAAGAUGGACCCCACAGGAAAACUGAAUCUCACUUUGGAAGGUGUGUUUGCUGGUGUUGCUGAAAUAACUCCAGCAGAAGGAAAAUUAAUGCAGUCCCACCCUCUGUACCUGUGCAACGCCAGUGAUGAUGACAAUCUGGAGCCUGGAUUCAUCAGCAUCGUCAAGCUGGAGAGUCCCCAACGGGCCCCCCGGCCCUGCCUGUCACUGGCCAGCAAGGCCCGGAUGGCAGGCGAGCGGGGAGCCAGCGCCGUCCUUUUUGACAUCACUGAGGAUCGAGCAGCUGCCGAGCAGCUGCAGCAGCCGCUGGGGCUGACGUGGCCAGUGGUAUUGAUCUGGGGUCAUGAUGCCGAGAAGCUGAUGGAGUUUGUGUACAAGAACCAGAAGGCCCAUGUGAGGAUUGAGCUGAAGGAGCCCCCGGCCUGGCCAGACUAUGACGUGUGGAUCCUCCUGACGGUGGUGGGCACCAUCUUUGUGGUCAUCUUGACUUCGGUGCUGCGUAUACGGUGCCGCCCCCACCACAGCAGGCCGGACCCUCUUCAGCAGCGCACAGCCUGGGCUGUCAGCCGGCUGGCCACCAGGAGGUACCAGGCCGGCUGCAGGAGGCCUCGGGCUGAGUGGCCAGACUCAGGUAGCAGCUGCAGCUCAGCCCCGGCCUGUGCCAUCUGCCUGGAGGAAUUCUCUGACGGCCAGGAGCUUCGGGUCAUUUCCUGCCGCCAUGAGUUCCAUCGUGCCUGUGUGGACCCCUGGCUACACCAGCAUCGGACUUGCCCUCUCUGCAUGUUCAACAUCGUAGAGGGAGAGUCCUUCCCCCAGCCCCUGGGACCUUCUCGAUCUUACCAAGAACCAGGCCGGAGACUUCACCUCAUUCGCCAGCACCCCGGCCAUGCCCACUACCACCUCCCGGCUACCUACCUGUUGGGCCCUCCCCGGAGUACUGUGACUCGGCCCUCACCACCCGGCCCCUUACCACCAUCCCAGGAGCCAGGCGCAGGCCCUCGGCACCACCACCGCCUCCCCAGGACCGCACACCCUCGGCCCCUCAGGGAGCAGCAGCGCCUGGCGGUGGCCCAGUACCCCUGUGCACAGGACUGGGCUGUGAGCCGCCUCCGAUGCCCCUCGGCACAGCACCCUACUGCUUGCCAAGUGCCGCCACACUGGGCCAGGCCUCACGACAGCAGUGGGUCUGCAGAAAGCUACUGCACAGAACGCAGUGGCUACCUGGCGGACGGGCCAGCCAGUGACUCCAGUUCAGGGCCUUGCCACGGCUCCUCCAGUGACUCCGUGGUCAACUGCACAGACAUCAGCCUGCAGGGCACCCAUGGCAGCAGCUCCACGUUCCGAAGCUCCCUGAGCAGUGACUUUGACCCUCUGGUGUACUGCAGCCCGGACGGGGAGCUUCAGAGGAAGGAGACUCAGCCGAGUGUGACCUCUAGGCCCCGUUCUUUGGACUCAGUGGUGCUCACUGCAGAAACCCAAGUUUCCAGCCAUGUCCACUACCACCGCCAUCGGCACCACCACUACAAGAAGCGCUUGCAGUGGCACGGCAGGAAGCCUGGUGCAGAGACUGCAGUCCCCCAGUCCAGGUCCUGUGUUCCUCGGACACAGCCCCAGCCAGAGCCACUUCCUUCUGCUCACCAGGCUGCCAGAUCCACCCCAGCAGCCCCAUCGGGACACCUCCCCAACCCACAGCGACCCAGAGCCCUCACUGAGCCAGUUCCCGGCCCAGCUGAUGCCUCCAAUCCUAGCCCAGGUCCCAGAACCCUCUUCCAUUCGCAUUCACACAAAUCCAGCCUCCCUGUCCGACAUCCACAGAGGAAACAGCGGGGGUGUCAUUCAGAUGCCACCCUAACCUCUCGUCCCCAGGACUUGACUGCACAUUCAGCUUGCCAGAUUUUCCCCCACUAUGGCCCCAGGCUGGCAUACCCUUGGUCUCCGGAGGCCCAGCCACUGAUCUUGGGACAUCCGGGCUUGGACAGGAGGCUGCUACCCGAAGCCCCAGACCCCUGUUACUCAAGUUCACAUCCAGUGUGGUUGUGUCUGACUCCACGUCGGCCCCUAGAGCCACACCCUUCUGGGGAGGGGCCCUCCCAAUGGAGUUCUGGCAUUGCAGAGGGCAGGCCAUGCCCUUACCCACAUUGCCAGGUGCUGCCAGCCCAGCCUGGCUCAGAGGAGGAGCUUGAAGAGCUGUGUGAACAGGCCGUGUAAGACGUUCAGCCCUAGUUCCAACCAACAGUGUGUUCCAGAUGAUUCGGGGUCCCACCUGGUACAGAGCCGUGCUCCUGAGAGAAGAAAAGACCUCAGAAAACACCCCUCCUUUUGCUGUACUUCCUGGAGCCACAGGAAGAAGAGAGGUGCGGGUGG